AUGGACGCUACUACCCCCUCACACCCGUACUAUCCUCGGACGGCCUCUAUCCCGACAUAUGUCGCCAAUGAGUCGUCCGUGCUGCGGCUCCUCAUGACCUUUGGUCUCAUGGUGGGCGUGGUGAUAGGCCUGGCCUAUUGGCAGACGAUUCAGAGCCCAUUGCGCCUGCGCCCGAUUGACCGCUUCGCCGUCAUGUGGUUUGCCUUGUGUUGGUACUUCCCCAGCCGUGAUGCCGUGUCUGUCUCCUCAACCCACAUCACCACUCUUCCAUACGUCCUAAGCAAGACACAACUCUUGCCCAGCCGCAGUCGUCGUGAAAUCUUCACCAGAAAUUUACUUACUCAUGUGCACCAGUUGGCAUGGGGCCCCCUUAGCUGGCUCACCUACUUCGCCAUCCUGACCAACUCGCCUUACCGCCACAUCAACCAAGUCAUCGUAUGUACGGCACACCUGUACGGCGUUGCCCUCUACUACGGCACCAACUUGGGCGACUUUCGCACCACAGGGGUUUCAUAUAGCCGGCCUGAGGCUCAAUACUAUUGGGUAUAUUAUAUUUGCCUCAAUGCGCCUUGGGCCGUGGUACCAUUCGUUCUCCUCCACGACAGCUAUAAGCAGACGGCCAGGGCUUUCCGCGCUAUGCAGGCGCAGGAAGCCGAGCGCAAGGCGCAAUGA